UGUGUGCAGGGGGUGUAGGGACGCUAGAAAACAAGUUGCGGGAGUUGCUGGAGUUGCGCUGUAAAAAAAACUGUACGCCCGUAAAAACUGCAUCCUAGACGCGCCCAUCCUAGAGUUUCACAGGAGCCGUGGUUCGAUAAAAGAGUAAAAGGAUAUGCCUAUCGUCUGUGCGAGUAAAGAUGAAUCAGUACAAAAGUGAAAAACAGUUGGCAUACCUGUACCCGCUUAUCGCGACCUUAUCUUUCGUAACUUGCAUAUCUACCACCGUGGCCUGGCAGCAUUGGGCAUAUGUUUUGGAUACUUGUAUCGAGACGAAUUGUGGCUGCAUUCUCCAUGGACGCUCCACUCCAACCUUUUUUACCGGUGGCCAUGUGGCCUAUUGUCACUGGGCUGCUUACGGAUUGGUGCUGCCCAUAAUCUUUUGCUUCAUUUUUGGCAUUUUCCACGUAUCGCGCGUGUUCUUCGGCCGUCGUCGACCGCGCCCAGGGACUGCUUCUGUCCGGCAAAGAUCUGGCGACAUUAUCGUGAUGACCACGAAAACUGACGUCGAGGAAGACGACAUCAAUCCCUACUACUGGAUCCCGGCCAGUGUGAUCGGCAGUCUGAUGGCAGUUUUAACACUCGUCCACGCAGCCAUGUACCUGGAUGGAUUUUUGAAUACCUGCAACCAACAACGCUAUGAGUUAAUCAAAUAUAUCCAUGCCAACGGCAGCCUAGUCCCCAUCAUUCAGAGUCGCAUAUCGUGCUCAUCCGUUUUGGACUUUAUGGAUUAUCUGCAUCAGGAUGUUUCCUUCGACAGGCGACGGGAGGGACGAAUCAAUACCGCUGCCGCACUGAUCAUUGGCUUGAUAUGUUCAUGGACCUGCAUUCUUCUGUGGAUUUGGACCGUGGUCAUUAACGCGAAAAGGGCCAGAGCCAGUCGGAGAUUGCGCAUCUGAGCGCAUUUCCCAUGCAAGGGAAAAGUGCUCAGUUUGGAAGCAGCUGUUUAAGCAGUAUUGCCUUUAGCUAAACCCUCCGCCAUCCAUUAAGAAAUCCCUUAAGUGCCUUUAAACAUACCUCACAUCACAAUGCGUAAAAGCUAUAAAAUCCUCCGUGCAAGAUCGCAUCAUUUUAUAUUUUAUAUCGUAACAAAACAAGUGCGUCCAUUGUAGCUUUAGUGUAGCAUUCCACAUGUGUUUUACAUUUUGACUGUUUUUUCAAUGACAGUGGCAAAUAAAUCAUAAGCACCCUAAAUCAA